AUGUACCUCCCCACACGGCGCGGUGGCCUCCUCGGCAUCUUGCCCAAGGUGUACUACCUCCUGUACUUUGCAGCAGCGGCGUCGCUGACUCCGUUCCUCCCGUGGUACUACCUCUCAGUCCUCGGCUUCUCCUCGGCCCAGGUCGGAGCCAUCAACACCAUCCGUCCGGCCCUCCAGCUCGUGGCUGCUCCGUUGAUCUCGGCUGUUGCCGAUGCCUCAGGCCACCGCAUGGCCAUCCUUUCGAUCACCCUUGUGCUCUCAUCGCUCCUCCGUCUCUCGCUCGCCCUCGCCCACUCUUUCCUUGCCGUCGCCGCCAUCACCUUUGGCGUCGCCGCCACGGGCGCUGCUGUCGUCCCGCUCCUCGAUGCCAACGUGGUCAACGUGGUCAAGGCCAUCGGCUCUGACUACGGCAAGCAGCGUCUAUGGGGAGCCGUCGGCUGGGGCACCAUGGCACCCAUGGUGGGCGCGCUCAUCGGCGCCACCUCGAUGUACUCAGGAUUUCUCCUCUUUGCGCUCGGCCAAACCGCGCUCUUUGUCUGCCUCCGCCUCCAGCCGACCUCACUCGCCGCACCUGGCUCGCAGCCUGACGCUGAGUCUGGCUCCGUCGCCUCCACAUCGGCCUCCGGCUCCGGCUCCGGCUCCGGCUCCGGCUCCGGCUCUGCCGAUGGGGCUGCGGGCACUGCGGCAGCGGCCGAUCCCGCGCCUUUGACGGCACGGGCGUGGUCGUCAGCCAAAUCCACAGCUCGCAAGCUUGCGGUCCUGCUGGCCUCGCGCGAGCGGCUCGUCUUUCUCUUCUGCAUGUUUGUUCUCGGCUCGGCCUUUGCCCUCAUCUCGACCUUUCUCUUUAUCUUUAUCGAGCAUGUUGGCGGCUCGACCACGCUCAUGGGCAUCUCGCUGACCGUGACCUGCAUCGCCGAGGUGCCUAUCUUCCAGGUCUCGCGACAGAUCAUUGACAAGUUUGGGACUGGGCCCAUUCUCGGCAUUGUGCACGUGGUGUACAUUGCCCGGCUUCUGGGCUACUCGUUCAUCACACCCGGCCACGCGUGGUGGAUCCUGGCCAUCGAGCCACUCCACGGCGUCACCUUUGGCCUCCUUUGGGCUGCCGCGGUGGCCAAGGCCGCCGACAUGGCGCCGCCGGGGCUGGACGCCACCUCGCAGGCUGUCACAGGCGCUGUCCACUACGGGCUGGGCGGAAUAUGCGGUUCGUUUCUCGGCGGCACGGUCCUUGUUGUCCUCGCCUGCCUUGCGCCGCGCCAACUGUUCCCGAACUGCACACCUCGGGCCGGCCCCGGCGCUGCCCGCUACAUCCAGCUCUCGGCUUUUGACCAGGAUCUCGGCGACAUUCACGCCUCGGCGCUCUUCUCCACCACCUCGACUCUCUCGGAUGAGUGCUGGAGUGGCGGCUCGGGCGAGUCGGACAUCUUGCUGUGAGCGAGGAUGUGGGGAGGCAAACGCGGUGUGGGGAGAGAUUGGCUAUUUAACAAGCACAGAGGGAC